UGUAGCACAUUUGCUUGCGCCACCUCAGGGUAGAAACCUUUCUGGCACAACAAAGCUUCCGUACAUAUCGGGCGCUCUGCCGUCGAACAAAGUGUCCUGUGCGUGUAGAAAUAUUAGCACACUUCGAAGAUUUAUUCGUGUUACUCUCUACUUAGCCACCGAUGUCCUCGGACACUUUGAAGAAGCGAAAGACGAAGGUUCUCCGUAGUGAAGGAGGGACUCCGGAGAUGAAACGAGGACGUGGAGAAGGAGACCAGCAGGAUGUACGUGUGUAUAGUGAAGAGGUGGAGUUGGAUGGCAGGGACCCUGACCAGGACUAUGAGCAGUUCAAACAAACAUGUGAGAGUCUGGCCAAACUAAUGGGAGAGAUCUAUGAGCUCAAAGCCAAUGGAGCCAAGGAUGGGUGUACUGAGGUGGAGCAGAGACGAAUGCAGAGCUGCAUCCACUUCAUGAAUCUGAAAAAACUAAAUCGUUUGGCUCACAUGCGGCUGAAGAGAGGCAGAGACCAGACACAUGAGGCCAAGCAAAGAGUGGAUGUGCUGCACCUUCAGUUGCAGAACCUUCUGUAUGAAGUUAUGCAUCUCCAGAAGGAGAUCAGCAAGUGUCUGGAGUUCAAGUCAAAACAUGAGGAGAUAGACUUGGUGAGUGAGGCAGAGUUUUACCAGGAGGCUCCACAGGACAUUUCCAGGCCCCAACUCACCAAAGAUGAUCCCCACCAGCUCACACUGGCACGACUGGACUGGGAGCUGGAGCAGAGGAAGAGGCUGGCAGAGAAAUACAGGGAGUCUCAGGCCACAAAGGAGAAGAUCCAGAAGAGCAUCGAGGUGAAGAAAGAACACCUGAGCAGCCUGCAGCCAGGACUCAACGCCAUCAUGCAGGCGUCUCUCCCAGUGCAGGAAUACCUGUCCAUGCCUUUUGAACAGACUCAGAAACAGACAGAGAUCGCACGUCACUUGCCCCCCUCUCUCUACGUUUUGUUCGUUCAAGCCAAUGCCUAUGGCCAAGCAUGUGACAGGAACCUCAGUGUGUCAAUCAUUGGUGAUGUGGAUGAGGCCAAGGCCCUGUCCAAACCUCCAGAAGACUCCCAGGAUGAUGAGAGCGAUUCGGAUGCAGAGGAAGAACAGGAAAAAACGAAGAGGAGGAGGCCUACUACAGGUGGCCAGCUGGAUGAUAAACGCCGGGAGAUGCUGAAAAGGCACCCGCUGUCCCUCUGCUUAGACCUCAAGUGUAAAGAUGGCAGUGUCCUCCAUCUCUACUUCUACUACCUGAUGAAUCUCAAUAUUAUGACAGUCAAGACCAAGGUCUCCACCUCCACAGACCUUAACACAGCCAUCAGCGCAGGGGAGCUGCUGAACUCAGACACUCUGCUCAGCUGUCUCUACACCAAUGACCAAGGAAGAGAAACACCCAACCCUGCUAACCGCUACCAGUUUGAUAAAGUCGGGAUUGUUUCGUUUGCUGAUUAUGUGGAAGAGCUGGGCCAUCCCUACUUGUGGGUGCAGAGUCUCGGAGGACUGCAGUUUCCCAGCGAUGCUCCGGAGGGUGUGCGUGUUGGUAGUUCUCUGAGUGCAAGCCAUAUGGAGAGCACCAUAAAGCUGCUGAGGGGACGAGUCCAGUCCCGGUUGGCUUUGCACAAGCAGUUUGCCUCACUGGAGCACAGCAUCAUUCCAGUCUCCGCUGAGUGUCAGCACCUCUUUCCUGCUAAGGUCAUCUCCCGAUUAGCUCGCUGGACCACCAUCACACACCAGGAGUACAUGGACUUGCACUUUGUACGACAUGUGACUGAGGCUGGUCUGGCCAAGGAGACUGACCUGUACUUCAUGGGUGUGGUGGAGAGAGGCACAGCUCGUCUGCAGGCUGCAGUGGUGCUGAGUCCCCGUUAUCCAGAAAUCUCUCCUCUAUUCUCCCUCUCUCUCAGUUGGAAGGGAGAGCGCAGUGGACGCAGUGAUGACAACCUCCGAGCCAUGGAGAGCGAAGUGAAUGUGUUCAAAAAUGAACUCCAGGGACCCCGCCCAGGUCAUCAGCUACUAACCAAUCAGAUUGCACGUCUGUGUGUCUGUCUGGAUGUGUAUUUGGAGACUGAUGGACAAGACGACAGUGUAGAGGGGCCACGAGAGUUCCCCCGCGAAAAGAUGUGCUUGCGAACUGUCAGGGGCCCGAAUCGACUGAAGCCAUUCAAAUACAACCAUCCUCAGGGCUUCUUCAGUCAUCGCUAGCCGCUCCACAGUACCUUAAAAUUUUUAGCUCCCCACAAGAUUUAGCUUUUUAGACUUAUGAACUUCACACGCUGUACCCCUGAGUAGCUGUCUGUUUUUAAGUGACAACAUUCUUUAUAUCACUUUGAAAAUAAAAAGCAUGUUAUUUUCUUGAA